AUGAUCUUUGUUACUUUUAUUCCUUCAGAAACAUUAGAUUUGAGAAAAAAUUUAUUAACACGAUACAAUCGUAAUUCUCCAAAAAAGUUCUCUGAAAUAUGCGAACAUAUUGAAAAUUUAUUAAUCAGGCGUUAUCCUCCUCCUCCCCCAUCAGAAAAGAUUACUGAUAAUAAAGAUCCUAAUAAUUUCAGAGAUUAUACAUCGGAAAAGACACCUUUAAGGGUGAUCAAUUUUUACCAGGAACAACAUGAAAAACAAACUGUGGAGUUUGUUAUUGCUCAACGUAAGAAAUAUGAAAAGUUGAAUACAAAUUUUAUCGGAAUAUGGGAGGGGUUGGAAUUGUUGAAUAGUCUGACGGAUAAUUCUGAUCCCGAUACAGAAUUAUCUCAAAUUGAGCAUUGCCUGCAAACCGCCGAAGCUUUGAGACGGGAUAAUCAUCCCAAAUGGAUGAUUUUAACCGGGUUAAUUCACGACCUGGGAAAAUUAUUAUUUUUCUUUGGUGCAGAAGGUCAAUGGGAUGUGGUCGGUGAUACGUUUCCUGUCGGAUGUGCGUUCUCACCAAAAAUCAUUUUCUCGAAUCUAUUCUCGAAGAAUCCGGACCAUCACAAUGAGAAGUAUAACACAUUGUAUGGUAUAUAUUCUCCCAAUUGUGGGCUUGACAACGUUUUAAUGUCGUAUGGGCAUGAUGAGGACGAUGCGUAUCGACACCUGAUGAAUGAAUAUGACUACGAGAUGAUGGAAUGGGUUAAAUUAUUUAACCCAUACGAUUUAUACUCAAAAAUAGAUUGUCCACCAAACGUGGACGAACUCAAACCCUAUUACGUUCAAUUAAUUAAUGAGUUUUUUCCAGAGAAGAUUCAUUGGUAA